AUGCUCGGCGGACGCCGGGGCGCACUCCCGGACGGCGACAGCACAAGGAUGACUACCUCAAGUUCAACGCGCGUCCGAAGGAGGUUGGAUCGACGUGCUAUGCCAACGAAUGUCCCGCUUAACGAGGAGGGAUUCGAAGACGCAGAUGAGUUCUUCCGCUCGUCACCGCAGUCAGGUCCCUCGAGCUCCCGUCACCAGACUCCAGCGGCUAGGCGAAGUGAUGGGUCGUCGCCCAGCACCGUCCGAACGAAUCGAUCACGCCGGUCGCGCAUCAGUGACAUGGUGGCGGACGAGGAUGAUGAGGCGUUCGCGGAGAAUCUCCUCGCGGACGACGACGACGAUGACUUGGGUGGAACGCCGCGGUUACACUUCCCAAGCUCCCCUAGUAGAUUACCACCGAAGUCCCCAAGUGUUGGCUUCGAUGCGAUCCCUUCCCCUUCUAUGUCCUUCACGGCUCGGCGCUCCACGAUCGGUGUUAACUAUCGACCUCUCGAGCCGCGACUGUCACCAACCACGCCUUUACGAAACGAAGUCUCUGGUCUGCAUUCACCGCCAGCGUUAGAGGCGGACGAAGACGACAUGGGACAGGGCAUGGAAGUCGACAUCAGUGCUGAGUUCGAGGAGGAUGUCGUGGAGGAAGUCUCGUUCGAGCGUCGGACCAUCGAGGAUGAUGGUCCAGGAGAAGCAGAAGAGGAGGAGGAGGAGGAGGAGGAGGAGCAGAUCAACGAGCCGAAAACGCCGCAGGCCACCAACUUUGGCAAGGUUCGAGAUCCCGGGCUCCGCACGUCUGUCCAUGGCAAGUCCAAGGGUCCCAUACCUGACGAGGAAGACGACGAGGACGAGGACGUCAACAACAGGAGUUUUCAGGAACCUCUGGACGACGUUGGUGGUGAUGGUAGCGGCGUGGCAGACACGUACGACGACUACAGCGACGCUGGCGGCCCCGAAGGAGGCUUCGAGGUCAACGACCAAGACGACUUGCCUGCUGAGGACGACUCGAACUAUGACAUAGAUAACACUGUGAACAUCGACAACACCGCUGACGACAUUGACCACACCAUGGACGACAUUGACAAUACUGUGGACAACACUGUGGACACUGUUGACUCCGCGGACAUCACUGCGGACGUUACGGGCUUCAUGGACGACGGCGGCGACGAAGAGGGUGAUGUUUCGCUGGAGCGUCAAGCCAUUGAGGAAGAGGACAUGGACGAGGAGGAUGAGGGCGAUGUCACGGCUAUCAGCCAAGAGCGGACCCCCAGGCCAAAGAGCCGCCCAAAGAAAAAGAAAGACGCUUCCACGCCACGAUCCCCGGCUGAUCUACCCAAACCGAAGCGAUCCCGCAUCUCCCAGCUUCCAGACAGUGAGUUCAUCGAGGCUGCUUAA